UACCAUACGUCAGGAUAUUUUACGCUCCACAGGUUUCCAUAUAGAAACGAGGUCGUUUCUUCCCUGCUUUUUCUUUUCUUUCUCUUUUCUCUCGUUGAACGUGUUUAGUGUCCCAUGUUCUCAUCUCCUGUACAUUCGGUUCGAGAUGAAGCUGACCUGGGCUGCGUUGCUUGCUUUUGCUGGGACCGCCGUGUCCCACGCCCACCAUGGGCAUGACGAUGAGGUUAUUCCGGAGCAUGUGCGGGAGGAGCUUCUUGCGAAAUGGAACCAGGAGUGGUCGUUCUCUGGACACGCUAGCUUUGCGCAUCUAAAGCCCGUCAAGUGCCUCGUUGAGCCCGACGAGAAGUACGACAUUGCCGUCAUCGGAGCUCCCUUUGACACUGCCGUCAGCUACAGACCAGGAGCCCGCUUCGGCCCCCGCGCAAUCCGCGCCGCCAGCGCCCGCCAAAUGGCCGGAACAGCCUACAACACACGCGCCGGCAUAAACCCGUACAGCUCCUGGGCCACCAUCAAAGACUGCGGCGACAUCCCAAUUACCCCCUUUGACAACGGACUCGCCGAGCGGCAAAUGUACGAAGCCUUCCUGGAGCUUGGCACCCGCAAGCCCAUCACCAGCGCAUCGUCCGAAUUCGGAACCAAGGGCAUCUCCGCCGGCAGGUCCAAGCUCGUCACCCUCGGCGGCGACCACAGUGUUGCGCUCCCGGCCCUGCGCGCGCUGUACCAGAUCUACCAGAAGCCCAUUACGGUGCUGCACUUUGACGCCCAUCUUGAUACGUGGAACCCCGUGCGCUACUCGGCGUACUGGCAGUCUGAGCAAUCGGCUUUCAACCACGGAAGUUUCUUUCACAAGGCCAGUCGCGAGGGACUCAUCUGCAACUCGACGAGUGCGCAUGCCGGGUUAAGGACGAGGCUUACGGGUGUUGAUGAUAGCGAUUACACAGCCCCCGGAACGCCAGAACAAGGGUUCAUGCGGAUUCACGCGGAUGAUAUUGACGAGCUCGGCGGGCCCAUGGGUAUCGUUGACAAGAUCAUUCAGCGUAUUGGCCUCGACCCCGAGCAGCCCGUCUAUCUUUCCGUCGACAUCGACGUCCUCGACCCUGCUACCGCGCCGGGAACUGGAACCCCAGAGCCCGGUGGCUGGACCACGCGAGAGUUUAUUCGCAUUCUGCGCGGUCUAGAGAAGCUGAACAUUGUCGGCGCGGAUAUCGUCGAGGUGUCGCCGAGCUACGAUAACAAGGGUGAGACGACUGCAUUGGCGGCUGCACAGGUUGCGUAUGAGAUCAUCACUAGCAUGGUCAAGGCUGGCGCGGGCGAGGAUUUGGGUGGUUGGUAUGGACGGAAAGAGGCUGUCAUUCAGGAGACGGGAACGGAGGCCGCUGAGCCCGAGGUGGUAUCUGAGCCUGAGGUUGAGGUUCCGGUCAAGGAUGAGCUGUAAUGAGAUGAGAUAUGAGCCAUGUAGAUAAGAUAACGAGAUCAAUGUUUAUACCUGUGCACUGUCUUGCGAUAUUGGCGAGUUAGGUAAUGAUAACAUAGCCAACCAGUUCAGAAUGAAUGAACCUUGUAUGCGCAUUGCGGUGAACAAACCCGGUCCACGGUGAGU